CGUCAGAUGGCGUUAAGGACGAGAGAAGCAAAGUUGAAAAACCUCUAACUCUAAUGAGAUUGUAAAAAGUUCGAGAUUUGUACAAAAAAGAUCAUGACUUCACCUUCAUCAUCUCAUCCAUUUGGUUAUGGGCAACCAACGAGUAAUUCUCUGGGUAUUGGUGGGCUAAGUUUACAACAGACUUCAAGAAGUCUAGGAGGGCAGCAGUUUCCAACCAGGUUGGGAAGCAGCGGUAGUCAGCUGUCUGGGCAUGUGACUCCUACCAGUUCAGGGGUUCCCAUUUUUCCAUCAUGUUUGCCUAGCAGUCUACCUCCACAGCAACCAUCUCCUAAUAGGUUAAAUAUUGAUGAUUGUAUUAUAAAUUCUUCUCAUAAUCGAAACAUCUUAGCUAUGAAUAGCAGGGCAUUGCCAAGUCAACGACAUCUAACGCAAGAUGUGAAAAGGAUUGUAGGAAUGGGUGCUCCAUUAGGCAGUGGUGCAGGAUCAAUGAGUGGGAUGUCAGGUUAUGGCAUUUCUCAUAAUUCUAGGAAUUUCAUUUCUCAAAAUUUAUUAGGGGGGAGUUUACAGAAUACCUUUUCAUCGAGUCCUGCUCUAGAUCUAUCAGAGUUUCCAUCACUUACCAAUAGAAGUACUCAGGAUACAAAUUCCAAUCCUUCACUUCCUCCUAAUCCUAUGGCAGGGAGACCUCAGUAUGUUGGGAUGGUGAAACAACCCACCAAUGAGUCAAAUGAGUUUCAGAUUCAUAGUGAAGAUUUUCCUGCAUUACCAGGAUCUCAGAAUCAAGACAAUAGUCAAGAAGCUCUUAACAAAUCUUCCUGUGGAAUAUCUCUGGAAGCGACAAAGGAGGGAAGUCGUUUUCUUGAGAAAUCUGCCACUCAGUGUCAAAAAAGAGGAAUCCAAACAUCUAAAGAAGGAAGGGUGACGAAUAUUCCUGGAGGAAUGGUGAUGGAUCAAUUUGGAAUGGUGGGUUUGUUGACGUUUAUUCGUGUGGCGGAAACUGAUCCAAAUCUAGUGUCUCUAGCUCUAGGGAGUGACUUAACAACAUUAGGGCUCAAUCUUAACACUCCAGAAAGCCUUUAUCCAAAUUUUGGAGGACCAUGGUCUGAACAGCCUUGUAGGCCUCAAGACAUAGAUUUUCAUGUGCCAUCGGAAUAUCUGGUCAACCAGAGCAUAAAAGAGAAAUUAGCUCCAAUCAAGCUAAAUCGGUAUGGUGAAGAUCUCCUCUUUUUUUUAUUUUAUAUGUUCAGUGGUGAUAUUCUUCAGUUGGCAGCAGCAGCAGAAUUGUACAACCGGGACUGGAGGUACCAUAAAGAUGAAAGAGUGUGGAUCACCCGUGCUCCGGGUAUGGUGCCUACAGAAAAGACCAGCACGUACGAAAGGGGUACUUACUACUUUUUUGAUGCAGGAAAUUGGAGAAAAGUGGCCAAAGAAUUUCAUCUGGAUUAUGAUCGGUUAGAAGAACGUCCCCACAUGCCUCAAACUCUACACUACAAUCCUGCCCAAUCAAUGAUGGCAUAGGACAAGAAGGAUCGUUAGUCUUGCAGUGAUUUUUGUCAUUUUGCAUUUGGUUCUACUGCUGCCGGAUGGAUCCAGCUUGUUUUUUCUUUAUGAAAGAAAUCAACACCAAAAGAGGAAAACUACAUUUGGUAACAAAAGUGCAAAUAAUUAUCUGUAUUGUAAGAUUCUUUUGCACUAUCUGACAAGAAUAUUCUUAAUCCUAUUCUGAGAAGCUUUAGUUCCCACAAAUAUUUUUUUUGGAUA